CUGUGAGAAGGACUGAGAGCAGCAGUCUGUUGGGAGGGGCGGUAUCCCCAACCCACAGGCUCUGCUCAGUCACCGAAGUGAGAGGAGCCAGGCAUCGAGGCCUGGGGACAUCUGUCUCAGCCUAGUGGCUCCUCUCCUACACUUCCUGCACCCUCCCUAGGCUGACUAUCAACCUCGAGACUGGAACCAGGAAGCAGAGAGGGGCAGAAAAGCUCUCCUCGUGCUGUGUGUGUGCAGUUGACAUCUGUACUGGAGAAAUGACUCCAAGAGACACAGCCAUAUUGGCUUUGCUACUCCUGCAAGUCCCAGGCUGUUCUGCUCUGACUGGCCCCAGCACAGUGAUGGGCACUGUGGGAGAAUCCUUGAGCCUGCAGUGUCAGUAUGAGGAGAAAUACAAGACAUUCGACAAAUACUGGUGCAGAAAGUUAAAGUCAUUCUCACUAAUUUGUGGCGAAAAAGUGGAGACCAAAGGCUCAGAGAGCAGAGCGAGGAAAGGCCGAAUGUCCAUCACAGACCAUCCUGAAAACCUCACCUUCACAGUGACAUUGGCGAAUCUCACCCUGAAGGAUGCUGACUUCUACUGGUGUGGGAUCGGUGCACCAUGGAUCAAAGGAAGGGAUGACUCCCUCAGGGUAGAGGUGUUUGUGAUUCCAGCACCAACGACAAGUAUCCCAGAAGACAAAACCUGGACAACCACAACCACAACCACAACCAAAGCUGUGCCAUUCACCACCGUGGCAGCAGAGAGUCCUACCCAAGAAUCCAGUAGCCAGGAGGACUAUUCUGAGAGCCAGGGCUCAGGGUCCCUGCUGAGCAGUGUCCACUUCCUGCUCCUCGUCUUUCUGGAGGUGCCCCUGUUCCUGAGCCUGCUCAGUGCUGUUCUCUGGGUGAACAGGCCUCUGAGGCGCCCAGUGGGGCAGAAUUGGCUGGAUUAUGACAACCAGUGACAUCUGCUGCCAUCCAGGCCAGAGGUACAGCCCUGCUGGUGGACAGAGAUGACCUUCUGUCCAACAAAUCCAUGUUUCUGUUAGAGUAUUCUAGACUUUUUAGAAACACUUGAGAAAUACCUUCUUGUGAUGUAUCAAACACGGAAAGAAUGCACCUAAUAAAUACACCUGCUUUA